AUGUCCCCUAGAAGACUGACUUUCCUACUAUCUCUGGCCGUCUUAGGUCUCGGCACUUUAUCGUCACCUCUCUCUGGUCCCGCCCUUCCUCUCCCAGCCAGAACAGUAGCUCAGCUUCCCACCGUUCCAACCUGGCUGGAAAAUAUUGCCGUCCGGCCAAAUGGCGAUCUACUCGUCACCCAACUAGCUCCAGUCCCCAUACUCUACACCAUCAAGAACCCAUCACUAGGAAACGCAACCCUAGAACCCAUCUACGAAUUCCGUGCCACCAACGUCACCGAUCUCCUCGGAAUCACAGAAACAGCGCCCGACACCUACGCCAUCAUCGCUGGAAACGCUACAACCAACUCAACUGGCUACGCCGGCACUUGGUCCGUAUGGCAAGCCACCUUUACCUCUGCCAACAUCUCCAUACCCACGGUUCACAAAAUCGCCAACGUACCUCAGGCGAAACUACUCAACGGAGUUGAAUCAUUGCCAUCCGAUCCCUCUAUUGUCAUAAUAGUAGAUUCUCAAUUCGGCCUCCUCUUCCGCUUCGAUACCAAGACCGGGACAAGCGAGAUCAUCGCUGAUGGACCAGAACUCAAGCCGUAUCCACAACUGCACAAUGCUACCGUGGGAUUUGGUGCAAAUGGUCUCAAGGUCCGUGAUGGGUGGGUGUACUUCAGUAAUUCGGAUCUCAUUGCUAUAUACCGCGUUCCCAUCACUUCAAGAGGAUACAUACCGCAUAGCCCCAAAGGGGGUGUGGAACUAUACGCCAAUCUGACUGCGGUGGCCGACUUUGUCGAUGACUUCACGUUCGGGCCGGAUGGCACGUUGUGGGCUGUGAGCAACUACGAGAACACAGUCAUUGCUGUGAGUCCAGGUGGGAAGAAGAUGGAGGUAGUCGCAGGUGCAAAGGGGUCAGUGACGUUCGCAGGGGACACCGCGGCAGCGUUUGGUAGAACAGACCGGGAUCGUGAUGUGCUGUAUGUGAGCACUGCUGGGGGUUUGGCGAUGCCUAUCAAUGGGAGUGUUGUGGUGCCUGGGAGCAUCGUCGCGGUUGAUACCAGGGGGUACGCGUGUUAG